CCCAGUCCCCCUCCCCCCGCCCCCCGGUGUCGGCACCGGGCCCUCGGGCGGGCCGUCCCCCGCGGCACGACACGGCGGGGGGCGCCGCCACCGUUCCCCGCGCCGGCCCUCCGCGCUUGGGCGGCACAAGAUGGCCCCGGGCCCGCGGCGGGGAGCGGGUACCGGCGGCCGGGCAGGGCCGGGCGGCGGGAGACGCCCCCCCUUCCCCCGGUUCACGGGGCUCCGGCUCACCUCCGGGGCGAACGGAGAGGUGCAGGAGUCGGAGUCCAUGUCCUGGCGCAGGGGGCGGGGGCGGGGCCUGGGCGGCAGCGGCGGCAGCAACCGGGCAGCGCCGACACCCGCGAACCGCUCGGUACCGGCGGGAGGCGGCGAAGGGGCGGCCGCUGGCGCGGGGGCUGCUGGGAGCGGUAGUCCGCUGCGGCGGGGGCCGCCGGGAGCUGUAGUCCGGGCGUGCGCGCUGGCGCCGCGGGGGCUGCCGGGAGCGGCGGCGGGUUCGGCCCGAGAGGGCGGGGCGGGCGCGGAGCGGAGCCGGGAGGUGAGCGGGGCGGCGGUACCGGGGUGGCGCAGCAUGGCAGCGAGCACGGACGGCAGCGGCGGGACGGCGGCGGUGGCACCGGGGGAGCUGGCGCACGCGGCGUCCCUGCUGCAGGGGCUGAGCGCGCUGCGGGCGGAGCGGAGCCUGCUGGACGUGACGGUGGUGGCGGGCGGCUGUGAGUUCGGGGCGCACCGCGUCGUCUUGGCCGCCGCCUCUGGCUACUUCCGCGCCAUGUUCGGCGGGGCGCUGCGGGAGGCGCGGGCCGAGCGCGUGCGGCUGCACGGCGUGGAGCCCGAGUGCCUGGCGCGCCUCCUCGACUUCGCCUACACCGGCCGCGUGGGCGGGCUGGGCCCCGACAUCGCCGAGCGCCUGCUGCGCGCCGCCGACCUGCUGCAGUUCCCCGCCGUCAAGGAGGCCUGCGGCGCCUGGCUGGCGCGGCAGCUGGAGCCCGCCAACGCGCUGGACAUGCAGGACUUCGCCGAGGCCUUCGCCUGCCCGGCGCUGGCGGCCGCCGCGCACCGGUUUGUCCUGCGGCACGUGGGCGAGCUGGGCGCCCAGCUGGAGCAGCUGCCGCUGCCGCGCCUGCUCUCCUACCUGCGGGACGACGGGCUCUGCGUCCCCAAGGAGGAGGCCGCCUUCCAGCUGGCGCUGCGCUGGGUGCGCGCCGACCCCGCCGCCCGCGCCCCGCUGCUGCCGCAGCUCCUGGCCCACGUGCGCCUGCCCUUCGUGCGCCGCUUCUACCUGCUGGCCCACGUGGAGGGCGAGCCGCUGGUGGCCCGCUGCCCGCCCUGCCUGCGCCUCCUGCGCGAGGCCCGCGACUUCCAGGCCGCCCGCCUCGACCGCCACGACCGCGGCCCCUGCGCCCGCAUGCGCCCCCGGCCCUCCACCGGCCUCGCCGAGAUCCUCGUCCUCGUCGGCGGCUGCGACCGCGACUGCGACGAGCUCGUCACCGUCGACUGCUACAACCCGCGCACCGGGCACUGGCGCUACCUGGCCGAGUUCCCUGAGCACCUGGGCGGGGGCUACAGCGUGGCUGCGCUGGGCAACGACAUCUAUGUCACCGGGGGGUCGGACGGGUCCCGGCUGUACGACUGCGUCUGGAGGUACAACUCCAGCGUGAACGAGUGGACAGAGGUGUCGCCCAUGCUGAAAGCCAGGGAGUACCACAGCUCCACGGUCCUGGACGGGCUGCUCUACGUGAUCGCCUCGGACAGCACGGAGCGCUACGACCACGCGCUGGACAGCUGGGAGGCCCUGCAGCCCAUGCUGUACCCCAUGGACAACUGCUCCACCACCGCCUGCCGCGGCAAGCUCUUCGCCAUCGGCUCCCUGGCCGGCAAGGAGUCCAUGGUGAUGCAGUGCUACGACCCCGACUGCGACCUCUGGUCCCUCGUCAACUGCGGCCACCUGCCUCCCUGGUCCUUCGCGCCAAAGACCGUCACGCUCAACGGCCUCAUGUACUUCGUGCGGGAUGACUCAGCUGAAGUGGAUGUUUACAAUCCAGCCAAGAACGAGUGGGAUAAAAUCCCGGCCAUGCUUCAGGUUCACGUUGGGGGGAGCGUGGCCGUGCUCGGCGGGAAGCUCUAUGUCUCUGGUGGCUAUGAUAACACGUUUGAGCUCUCGGACGUCCUGGAAGCCUACGACCCCGAGACGCGCGCGUGGAGCGUGGUGGGGCGGCUCCCCGAGCCCAUCUUCUGGCACGGCAGCGUCAGCAUAUUCCGGCAGUUCAUGCCCGAAACCAUGCAGGAGGACGACGGCAUCACGCUGGACAACAGCAUCAACUUGAACAGGCAGCACCAAAACCUUCACAACCAGAACCUUAACGAGCUUCGUUAGCAGGGGAGGGCGCUCUCCCCCUGGCCCGGCACGGGUUCAUUAUCCAGAACCAGUGCUGCUUUGGGAGAAGGCAGAUGCAAACUGGCGCUUGGAAGCAAAAACGUACUGAUCACAGAGCGGGGAAAACUGCGCGGUGGACGUGCCGUUGUGGAACGGCAGCCGGUGAGGCCUCCGCCACGGCUCCCUCGGCCCUUCCCGGGGCGGGAGGGGGCUCCGCACGGCCAUGGAGACACGAGGGGGGAGCUCCGAGGAGCCCGUCACCUCGAACAUCACCGCAGCACUGACUGCAGCUCGUGGCUUGCGGUCAGACGCCCUUCACUGAGCUCCUUCACCCCACUGCUUCGUUUGCCACCAAACUCCUUUAUUCAGGUUCUUUGCUGUGAGGGGGCUGGGGGGUGGGACGGGGCUCUGGGCCCCCACCCCGCGCUGUGGCUUCCCACGGGGGCUGAGACCAGAGCGCGGCCUCUCCUGCCCUCGACACGGCCGCGGCUCCGUCCCUGCUGUCCGGGCGCGGACCUUGCCGAGCUGGGCUUAUUUAAGUCUCAACAUUUGAACUUUUGCAGGUAUUGGUUUCCCUAGAAAAGCGGUUUUUCCUUCUAAGAACAAACACCCUUAUUUAUGUUCUUAUUGAUUCUCACAGCUAGAUUGCUUUCAUUUCCGAUCGCCCCAGCUGCGCCCUCUUUCACAGGGCAGGUCGGGAGAAGCAGCGGUGACCCCGGGGCGGUGGCCGCUCUCCCCUCCUGCCGCGGCAGGGCGCGGUGACACGGCGCGGUGACACGGGCCGGGCAGGGACAGCAGCUGCGUGCGCCAGCGCGGCGGCUCCGCUGGGCAGACGGGCCCCGUGCAGCCAGGGUCGGGUUUUGUUUCUUCACCGUUUUAAAGGAGCCAAGUCAGAAAAAAAACCAACAACGUAGCGGGGAAGGGGAGCGCGGCACCAGCUGCGGGGUCGCUGGCGGGGCCGGACACCCCGACACAGAAUCUCUUUUGGAUGCGUCGCUUGGGCGCGGGAACCCCCGGAGCUCCAGAGGGGCCUCCUGCCUGUUGCGCCUCCGGGACCCGGGCUGGUGGAAAGUGCUGCUGACGUGUUUGUUGAAGCUGUAGGAGUUAGCCAGAGUGUUGCCAGUUGAAAAGUAGUUAUUUUAGGUUCCCUUUUUCGUUUGGGGUUUGCUGGGGUUUUUUUGCCUUUUACUCGCCCAAGUGGCCUCACGAGCUUGGGCUGCGUUUCCUCUCCCGGGCUGAGCAGCAGCCCCCGCGCUUUGCUGGGGGAGCGUUUCCUGAGCGAACCGCUGCGGCCGCCGCGCGGCUCCCCGGCAACAACCGCCACACCUGCGGGAAACCUGCGAGGGGGGACGGCAGCUGAAGUGCUGGCUGGGGGCGUCCGCUUUUCCAUCUUUUGUGUUGAACCAAUUGGAAAAAAAAUUGAAUUUAAACUUAAUUCAGAGAUGGAAAGCGCGUACACUUGAGUGCCCUUGGACUGAGAGCGUCCAAGCGCCACCUCCGCAACGUCAGCAUCUUCACAGCUUUACAGAAACAUCUGGUUUGCCUUGGCGGCUGUGGCGCGCCGCGUUCCUCCGCGGCGGGACCGGGACGCGGCUCACGAGACCUGGGCUGUUGAGUCUGAAACUCUGACAGUGCCUUGAACGCGCGGCCGGCGGGGGCCGCAAAGCACCCGGCGCUGCGGGGACCCUGCGUGGGGGGCCCGGGCGGGGGCCGGAGCAGCCGGAGCCCCAGGACGGCGUGCGCCGCGCAGCUGAGCUCGCACCGCGGAGCCGGGCGCUUCACUCCACUAUAAAUAGGACGCACGCCCCGUCUCGCGCCGCGGCGCUCGCUGCUGGACCCGCCGCCCCCGAAUUCCCCAACCGCCUGAACACUAAUGGAGCUGUAUUUAUUUUUUGUAAAACUCAUUGUGUCUGAAUCUUUGAGUCCAGUUUAAAUGCCGUCCCUUGGAGCAAAGGCAUUUUACGUUCACAGAUAAUUUAUUUUUAUUCUCAUAGUUUGUUUUCAGAUUUACUUGCAGCAGUCAAGUUAAAUAAAACGUGUUCCAUGAA